CUGUUUAGAACACUAUGCUAAGCGUAACGUAAAAAAUAAUAAUAAAUAGGGGGCGGAACUAUUCACCGGGCGCAUGUUAACACGGAACCUUUUACGAACCGGACCGGAAAGAGCGUGAGUCCAAAACAGCGUGCAUAUUGACCAGACAGAAAUCCCUACAAAAUGCUCCGGAACGGGUCAGCACUGUUAUUCAGGCAGAUGGUCAGACACAGAUCCACAGACACCAGUCUCAUCUUGGAGAGAUCCAUUAACCGGGUGCAGCUUCUGGGUCGUGUGGGUCAGGACCCUGUUAUGAGACAGGUUGAGGGAAGAAACCCUGUAACCAUCUUCUCAAUGGCCACUAAUGAGAUGUGGCGCUCUGGAGAAGGGGAAGUUUCACAGACAGGAGACGUGAGUCAGAAGACGACGUGGCACAGGAUCUCGGUGUUUAAGCCCGGGCUCAGAGACGUGGCCUAUCACUACGUAAAGAAAGGGGCUCGGAUCCUCGUCGAAGGAAAGCUGGAUUACGGUGAGUACGUGGACAAGAACAACGUGAAACGACAGGCCACCACCAUCAUAGCAGAUAACAUCGUCUUUUUGAGUGAAAUACGGGACAGAGAGUGAAGGAUCUUCCCGAAAGCACAUGAAACAAUACACCGUGUAUUAUAUUCUUAUUUCUUCUUUACGUUCUUUUGUUCUUUUGUUUUAUUCUGCACCAGACGGUGACUUGAUGCAUCUGUCGAAGAACUUUAUUUGCUUUUAUUUCUAAUUUACAUUGUAUUGUAAUAAAAAAAAAAUAGCUGUUUUUUCAAUGACUAAACUCGUAUAUUGGAUAUAGAGACUUGUUUGUUACUGGUUUCCUGCAAAAAAUAAAAAUAAAAUCAGGCUUCCUUUAAGGCUUUUACAUUCUA